GAAGGCGCGCAAAAAUGGCAGACAGCGACACCCCGGACUCGCUCGAUGCGCCGUCCCCGUCCCCGUCCCCUUCCGCGGGCGGAGGCGCCAGCUCCCCGUCCUCCUCCUCCGCCGCCGCGGCGCCCUGGGCCGUGCGCAUCCACGAGAAGCGCGCCAAGGCCUUCCGCUUCACGACCGUCACGGACAUCGCGCUGCUGCGCGAGGUGAUCAACCACAAGCCCUGGGCCAGCUCGCACGGGGACAUGGCCAAGACGUGGGACGUGGUGGCCGCCGCCUUCAAGCGCACCGUGCCCUGGUCCACCAACGACGGGCGCGCCUGCAAGCGCCGCUACCUGGCGCUGGCCGAGGCCUACGGCACGGCCAAGCUGCAGAAGCUCAGGGGCUCGGGCACGCCCGUCAUGAACGCCCAGCGCGAGUCACUGCUGGCGCAGUGUCACGCCAUGACGGAGGAGGACCUGCGGCGACGGAGAGCGGCCAAGGAGGCAGACCGCAGACCCAUCGCCCAGCUGGCGCUGGAGGACGCCACCAGGUUGUCGGGCAACGUGGAUCCUGAGAUUAACGCGCUGGCGACGGAGGCGGCGAGAGUUACCGAGGCUACUGCUGGACCUACCGGACAGGAUUUGACGCUGCUGCUGAACGAUCCGAGGGUGCUGAUGCGCCAGCGAGAGCUGGAGCUGGAGGAGAGACGGAUGAAGCUCGAGGAACGCCGGGUCAAGCUGGAGGAGCAGCGCUUCGAGCAGCAGCGACAGACCGCCGAGAAGCAGCUGGAGAUGAUCGCCGCGCAGACCAACGUGCUGCUGAAACUGGCGGAGAAGCUGGCGGCCACACCGGAGUAA